GGCUGCAAGAAGCCUGGCAACUGAAUGCCAUAAAUAUGAUCGAUAAUGGCCAAGAAAUGCGAAAUAUGUGUGUCAAUAUCCCGGGUUGUUUCUGCUCCAGUGCGCGCCAUGAGCUGCACGUCAAGCGAAAGUGGAGGCAAAAUGUCUCGGUGUGUUGUGAUGUUUAUAGGACGAGGAACAGCUGGUGAAAUGGGCAAACGGCGCUGAGAUUCCGUGCCUCAGCUGUGAGUAGACGACCUCCUACCGACUUACUUCACGUCACCCCGCCCGUCUACGCGCCGUCUCCUCCCUUUAAACCUGAGCUGCCUCCAUCUAUUUGAGCGACUCUGGGUCUGAGAGAGAGAGAGAGAGAGGGGGAAAAAAGAGGAGACUUGGAGAGACAAUAUCCACGCAGAGUCCCAACAUCACCUAGACUACCUGCUCCAGCACAACAAGAGGAGGAGGAGGAGGAGGACGCACAAGUGCAGGCGCGUCCAUGCGUGCCAGCAGAACAAGACAAUAAGAGGGGAGCAAAAACAAGGGCUCUUCAAUCCAAAACUGGAAUAAAGAGUUCACCCCGAGAACUCUUUACUGCAAGAAGAAAAGAAAAGGAGGAAGAAGAAGAAGACAGCCUAGAUGAGAGCUCUGUGAGGACAAAAAGAGAGUCAUGCAUCUCAACAGAGAAGAAGACAACAGCAAAGGCUCAGUGUCUCUCAGUGUGUUCCUGGUGUCUGUUGCGUUUGUAGUAUGUGCCGUGUGGCUGGUAGCUCUCUGUGGCGUCUGCACCUGGUGUCAGCGCAAACUGGGGAAGCGGAAUAAGCCCUGGGUGGAAGCUGCGAGUUCUCCAGAAUCCGUGCGAGGUCGAGGGGAAAAUAAAGCCAUCAACGAUCUAGACAGAGACUUCUGGAAUAACAACGACAGCAGCAAUGUGCAGCAGAGGUGGAGCUCCUACCCGCCCAAGGAGUUCCUCUUGAACAUGUCUCCCUAUGCCCCCUACGGAGACCCUCGCCUCACACCCAACGGGGCAGUGGAUAAGGGUGGGCAGGGCGGUGCGGGACCCUCUCUGGGGCCCAGCGACAGCGGGGGCGCGUGCUCUGCGACUGGGGAGGGGCCCAGUCGCAGUGACAGCAUUCGCAGCAUGGUGACGGGCGGCAGCAAGGCUGGGCGCUGGCAGACCAUCCAGAGCCACAUGCAUGCCGGAGGUCUGCGGUUUGGCAAUUUCGGGGACGCUUCCCUGUCAUCUGCCUCCACCCUUGAGCACAUCCCGUCCUCGGCCGUGGCUCGCCCUCGGCCCCUGGUCCGGCAACAGAGUCUCCAACAGCCCCUCACUCACCAGCCCCCUCCGGGUCCCAACGACCCCCCGGUUACGUCGCAGAGCCUGGGCCAGCUUCACACGGGCCCAGGCGCGGGAGGUCACCGUGGGGGCCCGCGGGGGGUCCGGGGGAGUCCGGCUGGAGCCUCCCGGUACAGAGGAGCAGGGACUGGCCGAUCAAGGUCGAAUCCGGGCAGCUGGGAUCACAUGAUGGAGCAGAUCCGCCACAGAGGGCUGGACGUCAAGUCAUUCUUUGAGGGGAAGAUGGUUGUUUUGUCUCUAGCUAUCGGGCUGGCCGAACAGGAUGACUUUGCCAACCUCCCAGAUCUGCAGGAGGCCCCAGCGAGCAAAGAGAAUGAAACCACACCUGAAAAGAGGACUCCAGGUAACAAACCAGGCAGCAGCCCCAGAGGUCAGACCCCAGACGAGACCGGACGUCGCCACGGCCACGACGCCAACUCCUCAGUUUCUGACUUGGCCAACUCAGUCACCAGUGACAUGCUGAUGGUAACGCGCGAUAUCAACACAGUCUGUCCUUUAUCUCCAGGUUCGGAGGAGGACGACCACGAGGGUCCAGUGUGUGAGAAGCUGGGGCGCAUUCAGUUCAGCGUGGGCUACAGUUUUCAGGACUCCACUCUCACCGUGAAAAUCCUGAAGGGCCAGGAGUUGCCCGCGAAGGACUUCUCCGGCACCUCCGAUCCGUUCGUCAAACUCUACCUGCUGCCGGACAAGAAGCACAAAUUGGAAACCAAAGUGAAGAGGAAGAACCUAAACCCCCACUGGAACGAGACUUUCCUGUUUGAAGGCUUCCCCUAUGAGAAGGUGGUCCAGAGGACUCUAUACCUGCAGGUUCUAGACUACGACCGCUUCAGCCGGAAUGACCCCAUAGGAGAGGUGUCCAUCCCCCUCAACAAACUGGACCUGGCCAACAUGCAGACUUUCUGGAAGGAGCUGAAACCGUGUAGUGACGGCAGCGGGAGUCGAGGGGAUCUGUUGGUGUCGCUGUGCUACAACCCCACAGCCAACACCAUCACUGUGAGCAUCAUCAAAGCCCGCAACCUUAAAGCCAUGGACAUCGGAGGCACUUCUGACCCUUAUGUAAAAGUGUGGCUGAUGAACAAGGACAAGCGCGUGGAGAAGAAGAAGACGGUGGUAAUGAAGCGCUGUCUGAACCCUGUGUUCAACGAGUCCUUCCCCUUCGAUGUGCCUGCCCACGUGUUGAGGGAGACCACCAUAAUUAUUACCGUCAUGGACAAGGACAGGCUCAGUCGCAAUGAUGUCAUUGGAAAGAUUUAUCUUUCGUGGAAGAGUGGCCCCGCAGAAGUCAAGCACUGGAAAGACAUGAUGGGUCAUCCUCGUACUACUGUGGCCCAGUGGCAUGCUCUCAAGGCCUGAGGGACCGAGGGACCAACCUGCCUACAGCGUUUCCCCACCCCCCCCUCUGAAUUCAGCAUCAUCUUCUCAGCACAUACUCCCUGACUGUAGUUUUUGGAAACUCUGUGUCAUGUCUUUGUUCUCAGGCCACUUUGAAACUGUAAAUCCCUGCCCUCCGUCCCUCAUUAUGACGCCGUCCGAUUCAACCUCCACUCUUGUCCACUUUGACGUCUCUCCCCGGCGUCCUCUCCCCGUUGACAGUCUUGCUUUCUCACGACGUCCCUCCCUUCGCCCAGUGUCGACCACGAUCAGUGUCAAACAUCGGAGCAGUAGCCUACCUCUUGCCACCCAUGAAUACUACCGACCAAAAAUGGAUCAAACUGAUAUUCCUGCCAUCCCAUGUGGCGGCAAGGCAGGCUUAAAUGGCGCUGACCUCUGCCCCCCCCCCCCCCCCCUCCCAUUUACCACCCACAGUACAUCUGGUGUUUGCAAUGAGGAAGUUGUCCACUCUGCCGCGUCGCGUCUUACUCGAGUCCUCUUCUGUUGCUGUCACUGUCAGGAAAAACCCACACAGGCAAUUGAAGUGUAUUUAAAAUGGACCUGGACUUUAUCUUUUUUUUCCCACUUUCCACGUUUUCUCUGGCACCGCUGUAAUAAUAAUAAUAAUAAUAAUAAUAAUGAUAAU